AUGACUUGGAACCCAACGGCCUUCCGCGAGCAUUCCUUCCAACGCACAGUUUGGGCCUUCCCCUCACCUGGCAGGGUUUCGCCAAGAUAUUACCCCUCCAUCAGCGAGGUAUCAUCAGUUAGGCGAAUUGCGGUUUGCCGCUGCUAUUGUUUUGAGCCUCUCGGCAGCUAUGACACUAAAGCCAACGGAUUGUUUCUGCGGGAGUGGCACCGUGCUCCGAGCUUCAACUCUAGCUCCCUCUAUUCUGUUCUCAUCUUCUCGGGGUUGGGGUCCUAG